AUAUACAAGAUCUCAUAAAACUAGUAUUUAUCCCUUCUCUCUCUCUUUGUGUGUGUUUCUUUUUCCCCUCAUAACAUAGUAUUCAGCUUUCACGAGCUCUGUCGUGAUUGGAUCGGUACAAAAUCUCCCUUCUCUCUCUCUCUGCUUAGUUAGCAUUUGAGCAAAGUGGGAGAGGAAGUGAGAUGUAAGUAAGGCCAAGACCCCCCAGUUCAAGGAUUGAUGAUUCAUACCAAGAGUUUCUAGGCUCUCUUCUUUGUUUGUGUCUUUGGAGUUGGGUUUCUGUUUCGCCCCCAAUUAAGGAGCAGUCUUGAAGUGAAAGAAUGGCCAGGCCUUUGCAUCGAGGUUCAUCACGGAUCUCGGGCGGCAGCAAUGAUUGGGACUCCCAAAUGAAGGAUAAAACAGAUAAAGAAGAUUUGGACAGAAGAGCUUCUUCUGAUCAGAACAGUUUUUCAUUUAGAAUUCCGGUUAGACUACUUUUGGGGGAAAAUUCUCCUUCGAAACAAGGAGUUGGUGAAAAUGGCUUUGCAUCAGAGCCCUUAUUAGCUGUCAGUCCUAGAAGUCGGCACAAGUUAGCUCUGCUGUUGUUAAAGCUAAGUUUAGUAUUGAUUGUUAUUUUUGCUCUUACUGGAUCCUUUUGGUGGACUAUCUCCAUUUCGACCACUUCAAGAGGUCACAUAUACCAUGGUUAUCGACGACUCCAGCAACAACUUGUUUCUGACCUGUGGCACAUUGGAGAGCUUUCUCUUGGUUCUUCACGAUUGAGAGAUCUAGAUUUUUGUCCUCAGGAGUUUGAAAAUCAUGUUCCAUGCUUUAAUGUUUCGGAGAAUCUUGCCUUAGGUUUGUCUGAUGGCAAUGAGUAUGACCGGAACUGUGGGCAAGCAAUGAGGCAAAAUUGUUUAGUUCUUCCACCUGUGAAUUACAAGAUUCCUCUGAGGUGGCCGACUGGUAAAGAUGUCAUCUGGUCUACAAAUGUGAAAUUAACAGCGCAGGAAGUACUUUCUUCCGGAAGCAUGACAAAGAGGAUGAUGAUGUUGGAAGAAGAGCAAAUUUCAUUCCGUUCAGCAUCGUUGAUGUUUGAUGGUGUCGAAGAUUACUCGCAUCAAAUUGCAGAAAUGAUAGGGCUCAGAAAUGAAUCUAACUUCAUACAAGCAGGGGUGAGAACCAUCUUGGAUAUAGGAUGUGGCUAUGGUAGUUUUGGAGCACAUCUCUUUUCUAAACAGCUCCUAACCAUGUGCAUUGCAAACUAUGAGCCUUCAGGAAGCCAAGUGCAGCUAACUCUUGAAAGGGGUCUUCCUGCUAUGAUUGGUUCUUUCACUUCAAAACAGUUGCCAUACCCAUCUCUCUCUUUUGAUAUGUUGCAUUGUGCAAGAUGUGGCAUUGAUUGGGAGCAACGAGAUGGGAUUUUCUUGAUUGAAGCUGAUAGACUUUUGAAGCCUGGUGGAUACUUUGUCUGGACAUCUCCAAUUACCAAUGCUCAGACAUUUCUUCGCAACAAAGUGAAUAAGAAAAGGUGGGACAUUGUGCAUGAUUUUGCAGAAAAUCUCUGCUGGGAAAUGUUAUCGCAGCAAGAUGAAACAGUUGUAUGGAAAAAGACAAGUAAAAGGAAUUGUUACAGUUCAAGAAAACCUGUUUCAGGGCCCCCUCUAUGCAGCAAAGGCCAUGAUAUUGAAUCACCAUAUUACCGACCACUCCAAGCCUGCAUCGGGGGAACACAGAGCCGCCGAUGGAUUCCUAUUGAAAAAAGGACAACCUGGCCUUCUAGGGUUAACAUGAACAAGAAUGAACUUUCUUUAUAUGGAUUGCACCAAGAAGAACUUGCUGAGGAUGCCGAAACCUGGAAAAUGGCAGUCCGUAAUUAUUGGUCUCUUCUGUCACCAUUGAUAUUCUCAGAUCAUCCAAAGAGGCCGGGGGAUGAGGAUCCUUCACCUCCAUAUAACAUGCUUAGAAAUGUACUAGACAUGAAUGCACGAUUUGGUGGAUUAAAUUCUGCAUUAUUGGAAGCUGGAAAGUCUGCGUGGGUCAUGAAUGUUGUCCCAACAAAUGGUCCCAAUUAUCUUCCCUUGAUCCUUGACAGGGGCUUUGUUGGCGUUCUGCAUGAUUGGUGUGAGCCCUUUCCAACAUAUCCAAGAACCUAUGAUAUGGUGCAUGCACAAGGACUUCUUUCUGUUGAAACUGAUCAACAGCGCAGGUGUACCAUUCUUGAUUUAUUCACUGAGAUUGAUCGAUUGCUUCGUCCAGAGGGUUGGGUGAUCAUCCAUGACAAAGCUUCUCUCAUUGAAUCAGCAAGAGCUUUGACAACAGGACUGAAGUGGGAUGCACGUGUGGUAGAGAUCGAAAGUAACAGUGAUGAGAAACUACUGAUAUGCCAAAAGCCAUUCUUUAAAAAACAAUCAAACCAAUAGUGAGAAGUUCCCAAAUGAAGCCUCUGGGAUGGUGGUAUAUCACUUCAUUCAUAUUCAUUUACUUAUUUUUAUCAAAAAUCAUCAUAAAGCUCCACCAUUGAAGUGGGGGAAUCAAAAAUUUUGGACAGAAGAAGAAAGCAAAGAAACAGGCAAGGAAAGAAAAUCAGUAUCCAGUUGGGUAAAAUCGACACUACUCCUGUGGAGCCGUAAGGCUGUCAUAGGUACAUAGGGCAUGUAAUUAUUAUGGUAUUGAGGACUGGAGCAAGUGAGAGAGAAGUGUAGGAUUAGAUUUAAUCUUCCAUGUAAUUUCUCAUUGUAACUAUACAACCACAUGAUUAAGAUUGGAAGAUGAUUACAGAAUAA